CCCCACCAGCUGCCAGGGUUAUGUCUGGAAGAAUAGGACAGAAUCCAUCAGUUACCAGUGAAAAGUUUCAUGUUGCUCCUCUGACCUCACUUGACCUCUAAAACAAUAAAGCCUCAACUUCAUCUUGUAGAUAAAUGUUUCUUUCCAGUGCCAGGAGUGGCUCUCCUCUUCCAGGUGGUCCCGACAGGAAACCGCUUGAGUGUGUCUUGGAGCUUUGACUUCACACUUCACUCUUGCUGCAGAGGCAAGAGUGCCAUGCCAGAGGGGUCUCAGUCUGCUCUCCACCAGGGCCCAAUGGGGGAAGAGUCUCCUCAGCUGUCUGCAUCGCUCCCCCACACCGAACAUGACCCACCGCACACAGACCCUGACUGCUACACCCGAAUCUGCAUGGACCCUCUGGAAGGUGAGAGCAAGCGGCCGGUGAGCCUGGUGUCCACCCUGUCCUCUGGAUCGUCCCGGGACAGCCACAGUCUCUUCGGGAGCACUGUGGCCCUCCCCUCCUCCGCCACACCGCCCAUACCCAGCGAGGACGACAUCGACCUGGAGCUCAGUCCCGCUCAUUGUAACGGACAGCACACUACAGAGCCAGAGGGUAAUGACCACUGGAAAGAUGUGAACCAGUGGAACAAUAAUAACGCCAAACGGAAAUCCAACGGCAACAUGCGGCAUUUCCAGCCUCCCCCUGUUAUAACGGACGCCAUGGCACCUAACCCCAAGUUGACGUAUGUCGACCGGGUUGUCAUGGAGAUUAUCGAGACGGAGCGCAUGUAUGUCAAAGAUCUACGGAGUAUUGUGGAGGAUUAUUUGGCGCAUAUUAUUGAUACAAACAACCUUCCUAUUCGACCAGAGCAGGUGUGUGCCUUGUUUGGAAACAUUGAAGACAUCUAUGUGUUCAACAGUGAGCUCCUACAGUCAUUAGACAUGUGUCAGAGAGACCCUGUGGCAGUUGCCCAGUGUUUUGUGGAUAAGAGUGAAUCUUUUGAAAUAUACACACAAUAUUGUAACAACUACCCCAACUCAGUGGCAGCACUUACAGAUUGCAUGAGGUGUAAAAAUUUGGCCAAGUUCUUUAAAGAUCGACAGGCCACUCUGAAACGCUCCCUGCCAUUAGGCUCAUACCUGCUCAAGCCAGUCCAGAGAAUCCUCAAAUAUCACCUGCUCCUUCAGGAAAUCGCAAAACACUUUGACCCUGAUGAGGAGGGUUGUGAGGUGGUUCAGGAGGCCAUAGAAACCAUGACAGGAGUGGCUUGGUACAUAAACGAUAUGAAGAGGAAACAUGAGCAUGCUGUCAGAGUGCAGGAGAUCCAGUCUCUUCUGAUCAACUGGAAGGGUGCUGACCUGACCACCUAUGGAGAGCUGGUGUUGGAGGGCACUUUUCAUGUACUCCGGGCCAAGAACACACGGACACUCUUCUUGUUUGAAAAGAUGCUCCUUAUUACCAAGAAACGAGGAGAAAACUACGUCUACAAGACCCACAUCUCUUGUUCGACUUUAAUGCUACUUGACAGCGCCAAAGAUCCCUUACUCUUUAGUGUCAUCCAUUUCAAGCACCCUAAGCAGCCCCACACAGUGCAGGCUAAGUCUAUUGAAGAGAAGAAUCUCUGGUCACAUAACAUUAAGAGGCUCAUACUUGAAAACCACAGCACUAUUGUUCCACCAAAGGCCAAAGAAGCCAUGAUGGAUAAUGCUAAUUAUCCAGGAAAGUACAACUACAGUCCUGAGAGGUUGAAGAAAUCAAGUGAUCAGACUGAAGACCUCCACUUAGCCACCAGAACUGGACGCAGAAGAUCUGAACCUGCUAAACAGAUCUUUAGAAGUGCAAAAGCUGUACUGAAGCACGCAGACAGUGAGGGUGCCCUGCUGGGAGACAGGUGUCCCCUCCAGCCCACAUCCUAUGUCAGGACCCUUGGCUGCACUCUAGACGAGCCCCAGGCUCACAGGCCCAAUGUGGAGGAUUUCAUUACCUCAAGGGAGCAUCUAAGUACCCCUGAAUGUGAUGAGAGGCCAGGUUGCCCCACUGAUGGGGCACAGGACUGUGACAAGCCAAAGGAGGCUGACGAAGAUGAAGACGAAGAGGGGGACAAUUACAAAGAGGAUAGUCUGAUGGGGGGCGACCAGGUAGCCGAUUUUGCCAGCUCAGUGCUGGCGGCCAUCUCCUGCUGGCAGUCUAGAAGCAGGGCUAUGCUUUCUACUCACUUCUCAAUGGAUGAUAAAGACACAGCUAAUUUACAGGAAACCCCAUUGGGGGAGACAGAGCCUCAGCGCCUGGGGGACAAGCAUGGAGCUACUGCUGGGACAGACGUUCACACGACUCAGGUCACUGUAGAGGAUCUACGCUCUCUAGACUUUGUUUCUCCCAAAAACAGCAACCAUCACCAUGAGGUGCCAUACUGUCACACACCAGAGUCCUUACAAACCAGCACCCCAGAACUCCACAACACAUCCCAGGAGACUGCAGAGGAGGAAGAGGAAGGAGGAAGUGACUCUUCCAGUUUUCAUGUGGAGGAGACAAAUGUCCUGACAAACGGAGAGAUGUCAGAGGAGGAGCCUGAGAUGGUAGCGCACAGUAAACACAUGUUGAACCAGGCCAGUGUGAUGGCUCAACACUACAUUAACAACAUUUCCAGACAGAGCAGUCUCAUCUCAGAUGACUUGGGUUCAGUUGCAUGUUCCUCACCUUUGACCGAUAAUGAGCCUCUUACAAGCUCCUCUGUGUGUUUAGACCGAGAGAAGGACAGUCAAGUGUUUAGUAGCUCUCCAGAACCAAUACUAUCUUCUCACCAACCUGCGCUAAAUGACUUCAAUAAAGAAGAGCGUCGGUCCACUCUUUCUAAGCAGGAUCGACUCCUCAUCCACAAAAUCCGAACAUAUUAUGAACAUGCAGAGGACCAGGAUGUGAACUUCAGCAUCAAACGCAGAGAGAGUCUCUCCUACAUCCCUGCAGGUAUGGUCCGACAGCUGAGCAGACAGAUAGACAGUGCGCCCCUGGACCAGGCUACACCACCUCACAGAAAAGAACUGUCCCGAAACAGACCCACUUCCUGGUCUGUGUUUGAUCUUCCCGGAUUGGACAAAAAUCAAAACACUGAAACAACAUUAACCAGCAUCAGUAAUGAUGUGUUCAAACCGUCAUCAGAAAUGCUCAAGCUUUGGGAAGAAACAGACAUAAAAGAAGAAGAAAGUGAAGCUCAGUACACUGUACAGCAGUCUGAAGAUCUCUUAUUACAAACCCCGCAUAAUGUCAGUUUAGAGGGCCCAGAAGAAGACAUCUCUGAGCCUCAUACUCUAGUACAUAGCCCCACCCCCAGUAUCUCCUCUCCAUCUGUCCUGGAGCACGCUGAACCAGACUCUGAACUGGAUGAGGACCAUUUCAGUCCACAGCAUUUACCCAAAAGCAUCAGUUUCCGGACAAGCAUGGAAGAGGAUCAAAUCCUCCAAGAUAUGGGAAAGAUGAAAAACAAAGUUUUUCAGCUGGCACGUCAAUAUAGCCAACGCAUCAAAAAUAACAAGCCAGUGAAGUGGCAAAAAAGCCAAGAAACUGGAAAUCAACCUGGCCUGAGAAGCAUGCUGGCUGUCCAAGAAGAAAGAACACAGUUUAGAAAAAACGGUAAGCCAAACCUGAGAUUGGCUUUGAAUGUUGCCACUCAAGCAGUCAUCCAUGAAGUGCGUUCACCCAGCCCAGUGCAGACUCCCAGCUCAGGUCUGAGCUCUCACAGCACUCUUGUCUCUCCACAAACACCCCAGUCUGAGAACUUCCACUGGCCUGAUGUUCAGGAGCUGCGUUCCAAAUACACACAGGACACUGAGGCCAACUCAUCCAAAGUGUCCCAAAGCAGCACACUGGCGCAUGUGCCACUCGACAGCACACUGAACAGGAGCAAGAAGGACUCACCGAAGUACAGCAGCUCCUCCGAUCUCCAUAAAGCCCUGGCAGACUGUCCCAGGUCUAAGUCUGUACCAGUGCACCAGGGGGGAAGGUUUGGGAUGGAGGACUGGCCCCUCCCUAAGGGCAAUUCAGUCCUGUGCAGGUGGAGCUCCCUGGAUCACAUGCUCGGCUCUCACCCCCUGCAUGAAGUCCAAAACCUGCAGCGUCCUGUGAGGGGCCUGCACACAACCAGCCAACUGUGUCUGGCCUCCAAAGACUCUGAGAGCCACCUCCAUGACGGUCUGGACUCUGGGGCUGCCCUCAGUUCAGGGAAAAUGACUGAAAGCAAUAUUGUGAAAAGUUUACGAGAAAAAUUUCUGAGUUUAAGUACAAGCUCUUAACACAUUUAAUUGUUGGCAAAUUUGUUUGUUGUAUUAAGUUGGAGCCACAAUAUAUGAUUGCCAUGAGUCGCCAUGAGGGAAAUGUAUUAUUUAAUGUUUUGUAAAUAUGGAUAUUAGACUGUGCUGUACAAAGUUUUGUAAAUCUGUAAAUACCAUCAGUAAUGGCAGGAUAAGAUCCUGUUAUUUGGUUCCAAACCAUUAUUGGCCAUUUGCUAUAACCACUAUAGCAGCACUGCUCUAACCAUGUCAAGUGUAAGGCUUUCAGGGGAACACAAAGGGGCCACAUCAGAUGAAGUGUUUGCUGCUUAUGUCUAUAGCCAAAGAGACUUUGUUUUAUAUUUGUGAACUCGGAACAAUAGGCUUCCACAUGCACAUUAACAUCACUGGAGCUGUUUUGUCAUUUUACCCAGUACUGCGUAUUUAUGAAUCUGUGAGGUUUUGAGCUUCAUGUAAAUACUGAUCUAUCACCUUUUUACUUUUGUUUUUCAGAAAA